AGUCGCAAGAUGGCCGACGUCGCUUGAAAGUACGUUCCUCUCCUCAGUAUGAAGUUGUGAGUGAGAUAGAGAGCGAGGGAGCUUACGGUGGCGUUUUGUUUUGUUUUAUUUUAGUUAUUUUACUUUGUUUUAUGUUUAACCUGCCAUUUCAUUCCGAAACGCACAUGUCUCAGAUUUCUUUCGGCUAGUUGAGUCGUCAGUCAUACCGGGCUAACGAGCUAACUUAGCUACCUAGCUGGUGUGUUCGCUGCAAAGCUGCAGGUUUAGGCUUAAAUCAGUUGGAUAACGUCUUGUCGAUUUCAAUCACUUUUCUGUUCAGACUUUACACAACACAACGGUUGCAAUCAGAUACUGUUUAAGAAACUAUCCUAACAAAUUGACCGGAUUGUUCUGGCCGUAAGUUAGCCGAGGCAGCGCUAGUUUGCUAGCAUGUAGGAUUAUAUUUUGGACCUUUUCACCGCCGUCGACAUCACUAGAGCCGCCGUUAUCUCUCACCGUAACGUUGUAAACUCGGUCAUGGUUUCCCACUAAGUCGACAUUAACAUUAAUCCGUGUGUAAUUUGUUUAAAGGCGACGCAUUAAACGCUAAGUGAAGAAUGGAUAUACAUUGCGCUCGGAUAUAAACUACAGCCUCGCCCACGACUAGACUUUCACAUAUUUUACACGACUCGGUUUGAGACCGUUUUAAAGUUCUACGCUUCUGAACUCGGUUAAUAAACAUUUAUAACUCUGGAAAGGGCGGUGCUCAUCUGCCACAUCUACUAGGCGCGCGCGCACACAGACUUCAGACGUAAACAGGACCGAAGUACGUAAACAUGGGAGUUCAGGGCUUCCAGGAGUAUUUGGAGAAGCGAUGCCCGGGUGCUUCGGUUCCGGUAGAUCUCCUCAAACUGGGCCGUACUGCGAACCGAAAUCCUCCACACCACCACCACCACCAUCAUCCCCAUCCUCACCAUCAUCCUCAUCACCCAAACGCAUUGCACGCUCCUCUUCCACCGCCGGCGCGCAUCCUCGUGGACGCAGAUUCGGGCCUGCAACGCCUCUACGGCGGAUACCAGACCGACUGGGUGUGCGGCGGCGAGUGGAACGCCAUGCUCGGCUACUUGGCAGCGUUGUCACAGGCCUGCCUUUACCAGGGCGGCCUUGAGCUUGUCGUGGCCUUCAAUGGCACUCUGGGCAAAGAGCGCUGGCCCGAGUGGGCGCGCCGAGCACAGGCCCACAGACAGACGGCGCAGCUCAUCGUCAACCACGUGGGCAGCAAAGGCACACCGCCCCCGCGCGCCUGGUUCCUGCCGCCCGCGUGUCUCAGCCACUGCGUCCGCCUCGCCAUGUUCCGCUUCCGCGUGCGGGUAGUUCAGACCCUAGAGGACCACCACCAGGAGGUGCUAUCUCUGUACAGAGACUUUGGAUUUCAGGGCCUGAUUGCACAGGACUCCGAGUUCGCUCUAUGCAAUGUCCCGGCCUAUUUCAGCUCUCAUGCGCUCAAGCUCUCCUGGAACGGCAAAAAUCUGACUACUCACCAGUACCUGCUGUCUGAGGCUGCUCGCCAGCUGGGCCUCAAAACCCAGCACCUGCCCAUCUUUGCUGCCCUGCUUGGUAACCACAUUCUGCCAGAUGAAGACCUGGCUGCCUUUCAUUGGAGUCUGUUGGGUCCAGAACACCCUCUUGCCUCCCUCAAGGUAAGGGCUCACCAGUUAGUUCUCCCUCCCUGUGAGGUUGUGAUCAAGGCUGUGUCAGAGUAUGUUGCAUCUAUUCAGGACCUUGGGAAUUUGGAUGCGGUGGCCAGAGAUGUAUUCAAACAGUCUCAGUCUCGGACCGAAGAUAAAAUUGAAAGAUUUAAGAAGGCAGUGGAAUACUUUUCAGCGGCCAGUAAACCCAGACCUCUUACCAUGGGACCUUCUCCUUACCUCUUGCCAGGUUUUGGGCCUUGUCAGUUUGGUGGUCCUCCAGGCCACAUGGGUGCAGUACAUUCUGGGAAAGUCCAGGUUGGUCCACCCCAGGUAUCAGGUGUUAAGGUGCCUUAUCCCGGGGCCUAUGGCCCAGGCCCAGCCUCCGCCCUUCUUUUCCAGAACCCGCCUCCACCACUGCAGGAAUGCAACGAUUCUCUUGUUGGGAAAAUGGGUUUUGGUGAUUGGUCCGCUCCUUAUGAUUCCACUCAAGUUGGGAACCGAAUGCCCAAUCACCACACAACUGUUCCUUCAGGCCCUUCCCCAUCACCAUCGUCGUCUUCAGAUGGGGAGGAGCAAAAUGACACCAGCACUAAUCAUUUGGCUGACAAGUCAUCUAGAUGGGAAGAGCCCAGUGGUCGUGGGGGUGGCACCUCUGGGGAGGGUCCCCAAGGCAACGGGAGUGGGCCAUCUAUUCCAUCACUGCUGUCCAUGGCAACACGGAGUCACAUGGACAUUACGACCCCACCCCUUCCACAGGUCAGCGCUGAGGUUCUUCGAGUAGCAGAGCACAGACACAGAAGGGGUCUCAUGUACCCACAGAUAUACCACAUCCUCACCAAGGGGGAGAUGAAGAUGCCAGUGUGUAUAGAGGAUGAGUGCAACCCUGACCUGCCCCCUUCCUCUUUGCUGUUCCGCUCAGCACGGCAGUAUGCCUAUGGCGUGCUGUUUAGCCUGGCUGAAACCCAGAGGAGACUGGAAAGGAUGGCCAUGCGCAAGCGUGCUCCACUAGAGGUACCCCCGGUGAUAGUUAAGGAGUGGUGUGCCAGUAAGGCCAAGUCGGCCCUUACCCCUGAGCUGGUUCCUGCUAUGUGUUUCCGCGAGUGGACCUGUCCUAAUCUGAGGCGCCUAUGGCUCGGCCGUGCCUCUGAGGACCGCAGUCGACGCACGAGAGCCUUCUUGGCUUGCAUGAGAUCAGACUGCCCUGCCCUGCUUAACCCGUCCAGCGUGCCAUCGCACCUGCUGCUCAUGUGCUGUGUACUUAGGUAUAUGAUGCAGUGGCCAGGUGGCCGAAUUCUCCAACGCCAUGAGCUUGAUGCCUUUUUGGCUCAAGCGGUGUCUAACCAGCUCUAUGAGCCUGAUCAAUUGCAAGAACUCAAGGUGGAGAAAGUGGAUAACCGUGGUGUACAGCUCGCCUCUCUCUUUAUGAGCGGUGUGGACACAGCCCUGUUUGUGAAUGAUGUGUGUGGCCAGCCUCUCCCUUGGGAUCACUGCUGCCCCUGGGGCUUCUUCGAUGGCAAGCUAUUUCAGAGCAAACUUGCAAAGGCUACCAGAGACAGGGCUGCUCUGCUGGACAUGUGUGAAGGCCAGGAAGAGCUGGUGUCCCGAGUCGAGAAGAUGAGGCAGGCUAUUUUGGAGGGCAUCAACCUCUCUCGGCCUCCACCCCCACCCCCACCGUUGCCACCCCCAGCCUUCCUUCCCCCUGCCAUGGUGCCACCUUUCUAUCCCAUGCACCCACUGUAUCCGCCUCGCCCCUUGGGUUCUAUGCCUCCUCCACACCACCAGCACCGACCAAGAGCUUUCCCAGGUAUCCAGUCUAUACCUCCUCAAGGCGGGAAGCUAGAGAUUGCUGGCAUGGUUGUUGGCCAGUGGGCUGGAAACAAACCGGUGCGUGGCAGAGGAGGGUUUAAUGUACAGGUGGUAUCAGUGGGAGGAGGCAAGGGAAGGGGAAAAGAAGUGAUACCAAAAGGAAGGGGAGGAAAGAAAAUAAACUCAAAUCGAACACAGAAUCUUUCCUCCUCACCUCCCUCAUCCAGCCCCACAAAGCUGGCAGAGGAGUCCAAACCAGUGGGGCGGCCCACCGAGAGAGCCGGCGUUGUAUCCCAGCAACUGAACGGCAGCUCUUCAGGAAGCGCCACUGGCCAAACCGUUGACCUGCCACCACUGGCCCAGCCAAUCCAGUGUGCCUUAGCCAGCAAAGACAACCAAUCAGGAGAUGGGGUGGAGGUAGAGGCCCCAUGUUGCCUUGACGACUGCUCGUCAGAUGGUGCACUACAAAAAGAGGAGUAAUUACAUCCCAUAGUCUAACAAGAAUGAUUGAGUUGCGAGGGAAUGUUCCAAGUUUGACUGCCUUUUUUCUUGUAAAACAUAAAUAGGCACAGUAGCCACUUCGUGUUGUCAUAAAAAUAAUUUAUAAUGUUACAGAUGCUGAAAACUAGAGAUGGACAGUGUGAAAAGGGGUGUGGUCUAUGUCACCUUAACAGUAGGUUCUGAUUUGGAACUAAGCAGAGUUAAAAAUCACAACCUUUUGAUUGCACAUUGCACUGAAUCUCUUUGAUUCUGGACCUCAGCCUUUCCACUGCCCCAUCAGGGUUGUAGCAUUGUGACAAGCUCUCAGUCUUUUCACCUUUCUAACUUUUUAUUUUUAUUUUUUUUUUAUUUUUUAUUUUAAAACAAUUUAGAUUGUUGGUUAUAUUUGUACUAUUGCCUAAAUAUGGUGACAGUCAGCCCCCUUUUUUCCCCAAAUUAUGUCCUCACUAAAUCUAUACUUAUAGCCCAUGCAUUUUAAGAGCAGCAUACUUCGCUUAAUAGACCCAAAGGAUUUGUUUUUGAAUUAACUCCAGAAAAGACAUUGUCAGUUGAACCUUGAGCCAUCAUGCAGAUUUAGUGCACCAUGGCUUUCCCCCUUCCAUCUAUAUAAAAACAUUUAAUUGCUGGCAUGAGCUUUGUAUUUACUAUUUGUUAUGUAGCAAAUAACUAUUGCGUUGACAUUUUGACAUUUGUUUUAUGCAUCUGAAAUGCAUCAGUGUAGAUAUAAGUCCCUUUCUCAUUUUUUCUCCACAUGUUAAGUGAUUUUGUCAGCAAACGUAGUUUUUGGUAAUUGGAUCGCAGUAGUCGUCAAGACCUGCAUGUUUCUUUUUUUUUUUUAAUGAUAUUCUUAUAAUUUAAUUCAUAGUACUUAAGCCCUGUUACUAGAAGUAUUGCUGUAAUUUGCAGGCAAGGCAAAUAUUAAAUUAGGACCCUGUUUAGAGUUAAUAAAUUGUCCCUUAUUGAGCACUGCAUAAAGUGAGACACUCCAGUGCUGUUGUAGGUUAGUGUCAAAGGGUUUGUCCUGACAAAUAGUGAGAUGGCUACCAGUGAAUUUAAAGCUGCUUAAUUGUGAGAAUAGCAUCAGUUCUUAUUCAUUAUUAGGCAAUAGCUCCAAAUGUUUGAAUACCUUUAAGGGAAAUGAGUCAUAUUUUGUGUUUUUCUAACAUUACAGUUUGAAAUGAAGUUGUUUUGCAGCAUACAAUAAGGGUCCAAAAAAAAUCCUGAUUUUGUUGCAGAAAAAUGGCUUGUCACACAAUGAUGAAAUUACUUGCAGUAGCCUAUUAAUUUCAGUCAUCCAGAUUUUGCUAAUCAAACUGCUGAGAGGUAUGAUGUAAA